UUUAAAUUCCCAAACAUCACCAAUUAAUUAAAAAAAAAAACUUUUUGUUGAAAAAAUGGAGACUUACAAAGCAAUUAUCCUAAUCGGAGUUACUGUUUGCUGUUAUACAUUCUCCGGCGUCCAAGCCGCCGGCCGUUCAGUAGAAGAGACAUCCCAAGUCCCUGCUUCCUCACCUGACGCUUCGCUCCUCGAACCACCCAUAUCAUCAAUCUCGGCCGUCCCAACCUCCGCGCCAGCCCCUACCUCAGAAGACAUUAGCACCGAAUCUAAUUUAACUCCCACGGCGGCGGUCUCCGCACCUGCACCCGGACCAUCCCAAGAAGACAUCGACAUCAACUUCGACUCCGUCACAAACAUAGCUGAUCUAGCUCCUAAAUUUGAACAUAUAAACAAAAUCGAUUUCUCGUCAAUGAAAAUCGACACCACGGCGAAAGAUCUCUGCAAAAACACAGAUUACAACAACGAAUGCAUCGCCGCGAUUCUCCCGGAUUUACAGAAACAAGCCGAAGGAGGAGGAGGAGGAGAAGGCGGAGGGUUUGCUCCUAAGGAUGUGAUGCGAAUGGAAGCUGAAUCUCUGUUUAAAAAAGCGAACGCGACUCUGGAUUACGCGAAACGUGUGGUGGAAGAUAGCAAAACGCCGAUGGCUGUGAAAGAGGCGAUGAGUGUUUGCGUCGAGAAUUACGAUUCGUUGAUGUCAGGUCUUGAAGAAGCGAAGAUGGCCAUGGAGGAGGGAGAUUACGGGAGAUUGGAUUCGGUAUUGAGUGCUGCGAUCUCCGAUGUGUCGACUUGUUCUGAUAAUUUCGUGGAUGUUCCUGGUGUUGAUUCGCCGACGGCGUCUCUUGAUGAGCUUAUGAAGAAGCUCUGUAGCAACGUUUUGGCCAUUAUUGGAGCUUGGAGAUUUCUCAAUUCAUCAGUUAAUCUUGGAGUUAAGAGGGAAAAUAGUUUCUAUGCCUAUAUAUGCUCUACAAUGGAAGCUAAUGGUGCUACUUACUGUGAUGGUAUGAGGAAUACUGUGAGGAAGAAACGUAGCCUCACUUGUCGUCGUCCUCGCCCGGAGGGAUCCAGUGUUUUAACAUCUUCAGAUCAUUUCAGCAAGAUUUCAAGUGAUGAUAUACCGGCUUUUGAUACUAACCCUAGGAGGAAAGAGUUUAGUCUUAGCCACUGUAUAUCAAGGGCUGAAUCUAUAGCAGAAUCUGAAAGAGGAAACAAUGAUUCUCGGCGGAGAGAGAUCAUCAAUAGAAAUAAGCGUUCGACCGAAGGUGCUCUUGCACCUGCCAGCUCGAAAAACACUAGCCGGAAAGAUGAAGGUAACGGCGGCAUGAUCAAUGGAAAGGGAACUGAUUUGGGUGAGUUAGAGGGAGAAACAAAGAGAAUGAAGCUUAAGAUCGGUGGUGUGAGCCGGCUAGUUCAUGCUAAUGGUUCAUCUAGAAAGUCUUCAAAACCGGUGACUGAUACUAUUUGGUCCAACCAUGAUUUACAGGAAAGUUCAGAAGAUUGUAAUUCCCCUCUAGAUAAGAAAGCUGAUCUUGAGGGAGUUACUUUGGAUGCUGAGAUAGACGGAUCCAUGACAGGGAGGAGAAAACAAGGGGAACCAUCUGGCUCGGUUCGCAAGAGCAAGCGAGCCCCAAAGAAACGAGUUUUUGAUAGCGAUGACGACAGUGAUGAUGAGAUCCGGUAUUUGGAAAAAUUGAAAUAUAAGAGAGUCUCUGUGUCUAAUGAGGAUACUGAGUCUGGAAGGACGCAAUUGAAGCCAUCUGGGAUAACAAAUGGGGAAAAUUCCGGCAAGAAGAAAGCUGUGUCUGAACAGGCGUCCGAAGACAUGGAUUGUGCGGAGCAAAUGGAAGCGGCGUCUGAUGAAAAAGAGAUUGGUAAUGAUAGUAAGAGGGAAUCAACUAUGACCAGUCGUCAGCGAGCCCUUGCUUCUGGCAGAUCAAGCGCGAUUGAUUUUUCAGAUGGAUUACCUCCUACAUCGAGAAGGAAAAAGGAGACUCUUUCAGAAAUGGAGCAGCAAUUAAAGAAGGCAGAAGCUGCUCAAAGGCGUAAAGCUCAGAUUGAGAAAGCUGCAAGGGAGUCUGAGGAAGUGGCCAUUAAAAAAAUUCUAGGUCAAGAUUCGAGCAGGAAGAAGCGUGGAGACAAAAUAAAAAAACGACUUGAUGAGUUAGCUCAGGAGAAGGCUGCACAUGAGGAGAGAGCCUCAACUUGCUACAUCAGAACAAUAAUGGGUCCUAAUGGAACCACUGUUUCAUUUCCCAUUGACAAAGUGCCUAGCCUGUUUGAUCCCAAACCAUCAGGUUAUCCUCCUCCGCGGGAAAAUUGCGCAGGUCCAUCGUGCACCAAUCCUUACAAGUAUCGCGACUCGAAGACUAAAGUUCCUCUAUGCAGCCUCAAAUGCUACAAGGCGGUUCAGGAGCAACAGAUUGCACCGGCUUAGAUAUUGAUGAUUUUUUUGAUCGAAAUGAGAAGAAGUUAGCUUCCUGAUUUUAUAGAUGAUACAGAAGACAAUUGUUUAGUUUUCUUCAUUUUGCUUUUAGACUUCUCUGAUCAUUGACUAGAUAUUGUUUUUCUCCCAUUGUCCUUUGUGACGAGAUCGUGGCCGUCCAUUGGCUUUUUCACCAAACCAUCACAUCAUAGCCGUUCAUAUAUACAAAUCUUCAACGGCUAUCUCUCGAUUUAAAUAAUAAAGGGAUACAUUUGUU